AAACGCCGGGUGUAUCGCGUGCGGCCAUUCAGUAACUCGAACGAGCCACCGUAUACAUCGAGGUCCGGGUCUCUCGUCCCUCCAAAACACGAGACUCUCUGGAUCUCCGGAACGUUCGGCGGGCCUUCCCUUUCUCUCCCACGGCAAGCGCUCUCUUCCCAAACUAGGGUUACACGCGAGAUGACGAAAAAUUACAUGUACUCCGCCGCCUAUUUAAACGACUCUCGGCGCGUCCACUUUUAGAGAUCACUACUGCAGACAUAAACAUGUAGAAGUCGAGAUGUUGUGAUGGCUGGUAGAUCACGACGUUCGAGCACAGGGCUCGAACCAGAUCUAUCGACGCCAACGGCUCCAAAAAAAUCUAAACAAUUUGAAACGGCAUCCGACAAACCGUCUGCAAAACACUUGACAGAGGUGGAAAGUACCGAGACACCGUCCACGAGUGAGAUAUCUUUACAGGCGGAAGUUUUGCUCGUCCAGGAAGGGGAAGAGGAGGAAAAACAUCUCUCAGACGUUGCAAAACAAGCUGGAACCUCCGAGCGAUGGGUUUCGAUCGAUGAACCGUCACCGAAAUCGACCGAGCAAGCGGAUCCAAAGAUCUCUAAAAAAAAGAAAGACAUCGCGACGAUCUCCACCGAAGCGAUCCCGGGUACUUCGAAAGAAGAGCAGCUCGGUACGCUGAAAUCCAUUGUAAUGAAGUAUAGCGAACAGAGCGACGAGCUUUCUGGUUUCUCCAGACCAAAAUCCGAGACAACCGUACAGAGCUUUACGCUGCGCGAACAUGCAUCGUACGAAGACUUAUCCCUUAUCGGGAACGGUGCAUACGGCACGGUGUACAAGGCAAAGGAUAAGUCCAGCGGUCAAAUUGUAGCGCUUAAGAAAGUUAGAGUACCUUUGACAGACGAUGGUCUACCUAUGUCCACACUAAGAGAGAUCGCUGCUUUAAAGUCACUCGAACGAUUCGAACAUCCAAAUAUUGUCAGAUUACUCGAUGUCUGCCAAGGAGAUUAUCUUCACUUACCAUCGGGUGAUGGUGAACAGUCUGAGAGGCUAGAUCGUGGUCUCACCCUUUGGUUGGUGUUCGAACACGUGGAAAGAGAUCUCGCUUCCUAUAUAGCCAAUUACCGAGAAAGCUCUCCACAAUCGAGUAUCCCGCCGAAUAUCGUAAAGCAAAUGUCGAAAGAAAUACUGUGUGGAGUGGAGUUCCUACAUAGCCAUAGAAUAAUACACAGAGACUUGAAACCGCAAAAUCUUUUGGUAACGCGGGAAAGAAGAAUCAAAAUCGCGGAUUUUGGUUUAGCCAAGACCUACGACUUUGAGAUGAGAUUAACUUCUGUGGUUGUGACUCAAUGGUAUCGAGCACCUGAAGUACUUUUAGGAUGUUCCUAUGCUACCCCUGUAGAUAUCUGGUCUGUCGGAUGUAUAUUGGCAGAACUUUGCAAAUUGGAACCAUUAUUCCCAGGCUCUAGUGAAGGUGAUCAACUCGACAGGAUUUUCCAAGUUUUGGGCACUCCAUCGCAGCAAGCAUGGCCAGAGAAUGUAUCGCUCAGUUGGACAGCUUUUCCAUACAGACAACCUAAACCUCUUGGUGCAAUAAUACCAGAUCUCAAUGAACAUGGACUAGACUUAAUAAGAAGUAUGCUCAUGUUUGAUCCUCAUAGUCGUGUAACCGCAGCUCAAGCAGUAAGACACCGAUAUAUUACUGAAGAAGACGUACAAUGACUGUUUCAUAUAUAUAAGUUAUAUAGAUUUACUAAUAAACUCAGACUGACGUAACUGUAUUCAGGAAUAGAAAUAUAUCUAACAUAUGUAAGCACGCUAUAAUAGUUUAUAAAAUUAUUAAUAGCAGGUUGGUUAAUAAAUAUCUAAUAUGAGUA